GGCAAUUCGUCGUCGUGUCUCUCAAACGGAGCGCGUUGGAGCAACGAACGCGCGCAGUAACGGGCUGUUCACGGUGCCGGGGGUGUGCCACCGAGAGAGAGAGAGAGAGAGGCGGCGGGGUGGGUAGAGUGUGUUUUUAUAUAUCCGUGGCCACGCUCAACGCACGCUGCAGUUCAGCUCCGACCAGUCAGUCGUCCUAAUGGUAGCGGCAAGCAAACACUCCCCACCACAUUAACCUGUGUGUUAACGCGUGUGUAAAAAAGCAAUAUUGCGUCGUUUUUAAAGCUUUCCCAUCUACGACCCACAAACAAACAAAAAAAACAUAAUUAUGCGUGCGGUGGCAUAGUGCACAUGUUUUGGGAAAAGUUUCAUCCAAUGACAGCAGCGAAGUGUACUGUGUCGUGGUGGUGAAAGUUUAGAUAGAUUGAACAUCAAUUUUGUUUACCAACAAAAUACGCGACCGAACGGUGGUCGUAGAGUUUGUGUGUCCAUCUUGGUGUUAGUGAAAGUGUGCUAGCAAAGUGUAGAUGGCAGAAGCCAUUUAAUGCCGGAACGAGUGAACAAUCAUUAAGCUCCAUCCCCCCGGUACAGGAACUUGAAGCUCUACAAGAAUAUCCAAAGACAUUACCGUGGAGGUUAAUCGCACAAGGCCUGCUUGGUUGUUAGGAGAAACCGUACAAAAACACAAACCCAUUUGAAAGGCUAGCAGCAGCCGCUUCGAAGGACCAAACGCGCGCUCUCUCUCUUUUUUGUUAACAACAAAACACGACGGCAUCUUAGUAUCCUUGGGAGCAGCAGACACCUCUCCAUCCCAUCACCAUGGAUAUUUACUAUAUGAGCGACAGCAUCCAGUACUCGUCGUUCCGCGGUCCAGUCUACCGGGACUACGAGAAGUUCCCGUACGGUACGCUGGAGAAUCCGCUCAACAAUCCCGUCUCCAAGACCAAACAGCAGCAGCAGCAGCGGCGACACCACUCGAGUUCAAGCGGCAGCACAAGCGCUCAAGCAAAGCUGCUGAGCUACAUUGGCAAGUCCUCGUCCACUGGCGGCAGCAAAUCGUCGAAAGAUUCGUGCCCCUUCUGCAAGGAGCAAAAGAAGCGACCGCUCGGUGCGUACAUGCGUAAGCGCGGACAACGCAUCACGACCGAAAGCAUCAGCGAGGACGCCGAGGAGUGCAACGAGGAGCUGCGGGAGGAGGACGAAGAGGAGGACGUGUGCGCAUCGAACCGCGGCACGACACUGUCCACCAGCCCGUCCGGGGACCAUCAUCAGCAUAUGCACCGGGGCAUUACCGGUGUUCCCGGAUUCAACCGGCAGGAAUCGAUCGAAGGCAAAUGAGCCCAGGAGGAGAUCACCGCUCCGCUCAGAAGCUAGCCGGGUUGAGACGUUGGAUGAUGAUUAGAUAUUACAUUAGGUGGUUAAGUUAUUUACUGCUUUUAUUCGUACGUACAUACCAGGCGUAUUAGUUGAAAGGUUAGAGUUAUAUCUUACUGUAAGCUGUAAGCGAUAUAUUCGGUACUGAUAACAUAUCAGCCCACAUGUUUCAGUCGUACUACGCAAAACUACGCAAAACGAUAAUCAGUAGGGUAAAAUCAAUUCAUUUUUUUUGUUUGAUGAUCUGACUUUUUUCAAUAAGCCAGACGGCGAGGAAAACUCCCCCCGGUAAGAGAGACAAACCGUACCACUGUUAUUGUUGAUGCGAAAAGACUGAUCUAUAUUAAUAACUCUAUAUACACAUUACACAGAGAGACAAACGAGUAAACAUCACUGAUAAGUGCAAUGAAAACUGCGUCAACUUGAAAAGCAGGAUAACAUGUAGAAGAAGAAAAAGGCUGGAAACUGUCUGUCUUAUUGCAGUAGAGAAUAAAAAAUAGUAAAAAAUAACAUUAAACCAGGAACAGGUCACAAGAGAUAAAGAGCGAUCAAGCGGCUUUUAUCACACCAGCAAAUGAAGUACAAGAACAGUUUGAUCACGCAGAAUGUAAUAUUUGCAUUUGCCUUCAAUGCGGAAGUGUGGAUCUGCAGGAAAUGUUGUCUCUGUUACUUAAAGCGGACAGAGAUAUUUCCUCUUUUUUUCUCAACAUACUAAAAGAACUCAUUCGAUAUGCAUUUUAGCAUGUUGAACUUGGAAGGAAUGUGCAUUUGGUGCACGCACGUGGUGUGCAACGAUAUUUUUCUACACGUGAUAUGCACGAGUUAACAACGUAGCGCCACAGUACGUAUUUGGGAAGUGUUUUUAGCAGUAACAACAGUACUAAAUGUAUGUUGUGUGAACAAGGAAUUUAGCGAAAAGUUGUGUAGAAACAGGAAACAGGUUAGCAGUCGGAUCAAUUUACAAUCAGAUUUUAGUAUUUAACCGCAGGCUUUACUAUAUGUGGGAGAGUAUGAUAUUUCGAGUGUUGUUAUAAUUAUACCAUAUUAAUCCACAGAGCUUUUGUCACUGUUUUCAAAACGAAAAAUAAAUAUUAACCUUUAUAAUAUUACUGGAA